AUGGGCUCUGGGUACCUGUCCAGUGGAGCACUAUCUCCAUGUGACUUGGCAGGAAAAGCAUUUAGGAAGUUUCUUCCCCUCUUUGAUCGUGUUCUGGUUGAACGAUGCGCGGCUGAGACAGUAACCAAAGGAGGCAUCAUGAUUCCAGAAAAAGCUCAAGGGAAAGUGCUACAAGCAACAGUAGUAGCAGUUGGAUCGGGAGCCAGAGGAAAGAAUGGUGACAUUCAGCCAGUGAGUGUGAAAGUUGGUGAAAAAGUUUUGCUACCAGAAUAUGGCGGUACUAAGAUUGUACUAGAAGAUAAGGACUACUACUUGUUUAGAGACGGUGACAUUCUUGGGAAGUACGUGGACUAAACUUGUUGCAGUAUUACUCAUCCAUUCCACUAAAAUGCUGAAUUUUUUCUUUCAUCACGUAAAUAAUGUCCUUUAUUUUAUAAUAAGCAGGCACUGAGUCUCUGAAAUAACUUGUGAUCUCACUGUAAUGAUGGAACACGAAUAAAAAUAUGUACAGUCAAAAAUCAGUUGUUCUUGCUUGAGUUCCAUUGAACAGUGAAAUUCAGAUGACCACCAACCAGCCUUAAUUAUUCCAAACAACAUCAUUUUAUAUCCUUAUCUCUGUACCGAGAUUGUAAAGGUCUUUACAAUAAACUUCUAAAACUAUUCUGCGUCUGUCUCAGUUUCUGCUAUUGCUCAGUGAAACUGAGUCUUAGUUGUGUAAUGAAUUAAUCUCUCUGAAAGAGCAACUCAACUGUAGUAACGUUAUUUUCCCUAAACUCAUACAAAGCUGGGAGAUGGGUUUAAAAGGGUGAUCAUGCAGAUGCAGUGAUGAAGGGGACUUUCAGCUAGCUCCCUUGCACACUGAACUUUACGUUAAGAUAAUAUGCUGCUUUUUAAACUCCUGUCUUGGCAAUACCAAAGACAGUGGUACGCUGGAAGAUUAAUGCACACAAACC